GCGGCCGCUUCGGACAUGUCGGGCCCGCGCGCAGGCUUCUACCGGCUGGAGCUCAACAAGACGGUGUGGGAGGUGCCGCAGCGGCUGCAGGGGCUGCGCCCGGUGGGCUCCGGGGCCUACGGCUCGGUCUGCUCAGCCUAUGACGCGCGGCUGCGCCAGAAGGUGGCGGUGAAGAAGCUGUCGCGACCCUUCCAGUCUCUGAUCCACGCGCGGAGAACUUACCGCGAGCUGCGGCUGCUCAAGCACCUGAAGCACGAGAACGUCAUCGGGCUGCUGGACGUGUUCACGCCGGCCACCUCCAUUGAGGACUUCAGCGAAGUGUACCUGGUGACCACCCUGAUGGGCGCAGACCUGAACAACAUCGUCAAGUGCCAGGCGCUGAGCGACGAGCACGUCCAGUUCCUGGUUUACCAGUUGCUGCGCGGGCUCAAGUACAUCCACUCUGCGGGGAUCAUCCACCGGGACCUGAAGCCCAGCAACGUGGCUGUGAACGAGGACUGCGAGCUUAGGAUCCUGGACUUUGGGCUAGCCCGCCAGGCUGAUGAAGAGAUGACUGGCUAUGUGGCCACUCGCUGGUACCGUGCACCUGAGAUCAUGCUCAACUGGAUGCACUACAACCAGACAGUGGACAUCUGGUCUGUGGGCUGCAUCAUGGCUGAGCUGCUCCAGGGAAAGGCUCUCUUUCCAGGAAAUGACUACAUCGACCAGCUGAAGCGAAUCAUGGAGGUGGUGGGCACACCCAGCCCUGAGGUUCUAGCAAAGAUAUCCUCAGAACACGCCCGGACAUACAUCCAGUCCCUGCCCCCCAUGCCCCAGAAGGACCUCAGGAGCAUCUUCCAUGGAGCCAACCCCCUGGCUGUGGACCUGCUGGGAAGGAUGCUGGUGCUCGACAGUGACCAGAGGAGCUCACCUACCAGGAGGUCCUCAGCUUCAAGCCUGCAGAGCCACCGCAGUCUCCUGGCAGCCUGGAGAUUGAGCAGUGAGGGGCAUGUGCCCACCAGCCACGGGGACCAGAAGACGGGCUGGAGCAUGCCGGCCCAUUUCUUCAGGCUGCCGCAUUCCCACGAGGAGUGCCUCCCAACACCACUGUGGCCAGCGCCCUGACCCUAGCCUGGGGUCCCCUGCCUGCACGCUGCUCCUCGUGGGCAGUCUGUAUGCAUGUGCAUGCACGAUGGUGUGCACGUGUGCAAGCCGCGGGUGUAGGAGUCUAGACGGAGCAUCCUGGACUUCCUCGGUCCUCCUGCCUCCUUCCAACAAUCUAGGUCUCCCUUAGGACCUCCCCUGGAUGCCACAGGGGAUCCCCUGGGGAGUGUGUCUGUCUCCAGAUCUUCUCAGUCCCAGAGGGCUGUCUCUGGAGGGCGUGGUGCACUGGGGCCAGGGGCCUCUGGAGACUGAAGGGAGGGUCUUGCUUGUCAGAGCUUCUUGACCUGGAAGUGGGGGCUACCCUGGGAAAUGCCGAGACCCGAAGGUCUGAGAGCUGAGACUGCCGCCAGGUAUCACAUGAGCAGACCAUCCCAGGGCCACGUGUUCACCUGGGCUGUGGGGGGCACACGUGUACUAAUGUGCACUCCUGGCACUGACAUGUCGAGGCGUGUGUGACUCUGUGGGUGCCGUGACCAGCAAGAAGCCUGAAGCGAGGGGCUGUACUGUUACUUCCUUUCCCUCAGUUCCUGAUGUGGGGGGUGGGGUGCUGCCGCUGAGAUCCUGGGUGCACCAUGCGAAGGGCUCAGGUGGGCAAGGGGCAACCAGGGGACAAAAGCCAGGGACUUUCUCCUUGAGUGUGGGGGCUGUGGCAGGCAUGAAGAGCUGGUGGGCACAGGGGCUCCAGCCUUGAUUCGGCAGCAGGGAGUGGCGCCCACCAGUGUACCCUUGGACUCAGACCCUGACCUUGGCCCGGAGCUGAUGAAGAAGCCUCUGCCCACUCUACCUCUGCCCACCCUCCAGCCCUGCAGCUGAGCGCUGGGCUGUUCUGGCCUAUGGGUCAGCUCGCAUCCUCCCUUCUUCCAGAACGGAGCUGGUCUAGUAACCUCUGGGACGUGACCCUGCCUAAGACGUGUCGGGGGUGUGGGUCCCCCAUCGAGGGGCUUCUCUGUGAGGGGGUGGUGUUCCGUGUGUCAGGUGGUGACCUCCCACCUUGCAGAAGUCUCAACGUCAAGUGCCUGCACGAGGGUUUCACAAUAAAGGAGG